GUGGGGAUGUUGGCAAUGCGUGACACAGGCUUCGGAACAUGCCUUUGCCUGCGCCCGUUAGCGGGGGAAGCCACCGGCAAGAUAAGGACUUCGCUGUUGGAGCACCAUCUUUGGAAAUCUGUGAGAAAUUCAGGGUUUGUGGAAUAAUAUGGAUUUGACAUCAUCACAGCAUCAUCAUCUACAAAAUCAAGGGGUUGGAGAAUUCAAAAGACAAGAUGGGGAAAGAGAAGAUGAACAGAUAGUUGCAGAAAUCAUGGAGAGGCGUUUCUUUCCUGACCAUAUAGCUUAUAAGACCUGGGAAGGCUUUCACUUUGCUGGCCAUGAGAUAAGAAUUACAGAAGCCACUGAUUGUUACGGGGCAGUCGUCUGGCCAUCGGCUCUUGUUCUGUCUUAUUAUUUGGAAACUCAUUCUAAACAAUGCAAUUUGGUUGACAAAAAUGUGAUUGAAAUUGGAGCUGGAACUGGCUUGGUCUCCAUAGUAGCCAGUUUGCUGGGUGCCUUUGUGACUGCCACAGAUUUGCCAGAACUACUGGGAAACCUUCAGUACAACAUUCUCCAAAAUACAAAGCAUAAAUGCAAACACCAGCCAUGUGUUAAGGAGUUGUCUUGGGGAAUUGAUCUGGAAAAGAACUUUCCUAGGUCUUCCUGUCACUUUGACUACAUUAUGGCUGCUGAUGUAGUUUACCACCAUCCAUUCCUGGAUGAACUCCUCCUAACUUUUGAUCACUUGUGCAAGAAUGAUACUGUUAUUCUGUGGGCCAUGAAAUUUAGGCUGGAGAAAGAGAACCGAUUUGUGGACAGAUUUCAGACACUAUUUGACUUAGAGAUGAUUUCUAAUUUUCCCAGUUUGAACAUAGCCUUGUAUAAAGCAAUGAGGAAAGGCAGGAUGAAAGCCAGACCUUCCAAACUGAAGAUAUGA